AUGGAGGAGGACGAUGAGGACGCCCUUAUCAUGAACGGCGGUGCAGGCAUACCCGUCGGACCGGACGGCAACCCACGUCCAUUGUUACCCCCCAUUGCACCCCAGCACGUGGGACGCAAGUGUCUCGUGCUCGACUUGGAUGAAACCCUCGUCCACAGUAGCUUCAAGUCCAUACAACAUGCGGAUUACGUCGUGCCAGUGGAAAUUGAAUACCACUGGCAUAACGUGUACGUUAUCAAGCGUCCAGGCGUGGACAAUUUCCUGAAGAGGAUGGGUGAAAUCUACGAAGUUGUGGUUUUCACUGCAAGUUUAAGCAAAUACGCGGACCCAGUGUUGGACAAACUAGAUGUCCAUCGCGUCGUGUCUCAUAGAUUAUUCCGGGAGAGUUGCUACAACCACAAAGGGAAUUAUGUCAAGGAUCUUUCACAGCUCGGUCGCCCAAUCUCCGAUACCAUUAUCAUCGAUAAUUCCCCAGCGUCGUACAUUUUUCACCCGAACAAUGCGGUGCCUGUCUCCUCAUGGUUUAACGACCCUCAUGAUACGGAGCUUACGGAUCUAUGCCCGUUCCUUGCGGAUCUCGGCGAGGUCCCGGAUGUGCGUGGCGUGCUCGACGGCGGACUCUAG